AUGUCCAACUCAAGUAGUUUGGCUCCGGUGAUUUCUGAAAAUUCGGAGGUUUUGCAAGAAAUCACCAGAGAGGAUGUGCUUUUAGCAGCUGCAAUUAUUUUCUUUGUGGCAUUUUUCGGCUUAAUCUUUAAUUUAUUGGGGAUUACUGUAGUGAUGAAGAAUCCGAUUCUCAAAAACUCCUUCGGAACUCUCUGUUUAAGCCAUUCAAUUGCAAAUAGUGGUGUGCUUUUUGUAUUUUUUAUUUGGUCCGCACCGACGACUUAUAUACAAGCUCAAAACGUUGGUGGCAUGCUCGGCAAGUUGCUCGGUCAGCUGAACAUUUUGUGCUGGGACGCGUGUGUUUAUUCUCAUUUGGCAAUUUCUUUUAAUAGAUUUUUUUCAAUUGCAAUUCCGGCAAGAGCUAUAUUCAUAUUUUCCCGCCAAAAUACAUUAGUCAUUAUCGGAAUUGUAUGGUUCAUUGCGUUUUGUCACAUUUUCCCUUAUUUCUGGUACGACAAAUGCUUCAUAACAUAUAACCCAAUUUCUUGGACAUGGAACUUUGCACCAACAGAGUGCGGACAUGUGAUUUCCACGUAUACGGACUAUUAUACAAGUGUAGCCAUUUUUAUUGCGAUGAGCUCUGUGGAUAUCAUGACUUUGAUCCUUCUAAUCUUCCACCGAAAACACACAAGCUUCGCGUCAAGCGAAGAAUCCCAACGGCGACGAAAAGUGGAAAUUCGAUUUUUCAUGCAAUCCUGCUUACAGGGAAUCCUAUUUUUCUAUGAAAUAUUUAAUUUCUAUUAUGUGAGCACUUUGAACACAAAUCAAUGGUACGUCUUCUUCACCGCCACUUUUGCAUGGGAGAUUUGUCACUGUUUGGAUGGAUUCGUCGUGGUGCUCUUCCACUUCCGUCACCGCAUAUUCCUCGGAGACGCCAGUCGGUUGAUUCGAGUUCGCGGACCGUCGGACCACACAAAAUCAAUGGUUUCCCGAUACUGA